AUGGCCAGUUAUAAAUCUAUACUUCACGGUGGCUACCACUACCCUUUGUCACGCUCAUGGCAGGCAGAACGAGCAUUAACAAAAGACAUGCUCAUGUACCCCAUGUUCAUAACCGAUGAUCCAGAAGCACUUGAAUCUAUUGACUCUUUACCUGGACAAUACCGUAUCGGUAUUAACAAGCUUCAUGGUUUUGUUGAACCCUUAGUAAAGAAGGGUCUCAAAUCUGUCAUUAUUUUCGGUGUUCCCUUGAAAGAAGGUGUCAAGGACCCCGUGGGUUCUCGUGCAGACGACCCUGAAGGACCUACUAUCUUAGCCGUUAAAUUAUUACGCAAAAAUUUUCCUGAUUUGUUUGUUGCCUGCGAUGUUUGUUUAUGUGAAUAUACUUCUCAUGGUCACUGUGGUUAUUUACGGGAAGACGGCAGUCUAGACAAUGACUUGUCAAUCAAGCGUCUUGCUGAAGUGGCUGUCAAUUAUGCUAAAGCUGGUGCUCAAUGUGUUGCACCAUCUGAUAUGAUGGAUGGCCGUAUUCGUGCUAUUAAAGAAGGUUUGAUGGAAGCUGGUCUUGCACAUAAAACCAUGCUGAUCUCUUACUCGGCCAAAUUCGCUGGUACUUGGUAUGGACCCUUCCGUGAUGCCGCUAAUUCUGCUCCCUCAUUCGGAGACCGACGCUGUUAUCAGCUGCCUGCCAAUGCUCGUCGUUUGGCUCGUCGUGCUAUCAAGCGUGACAUCGAAGAAGGUGCAGAUGGUAUUAUGGUUAAGCCUGGUACGCCUUACCUUGAUAUCGUUAGAGAAGCUUCUGAAAUUGCAAGUGAUCAUUCUAUUUCUGUAUACCAAGUCUCUGGUGAGUAUGCCAUGCUUUAUCAUGCUGCAAAGGCUGGUGUAUUUGAUCUCAAGACGGCUGUGAUGGAAACAAUGACCGGCUUUUUACGAGCAGGCGCUACCCUUAUCCUGACGUAUUACACACCUGAAUUAUUGUCAUGGUUAGAUGAAGACAACUAA